CACGCGAAUGUCUUUGUUCUUCACUAUCUUCGGCAUGUCUGGACCUUUUUUAUUCGCUUAAUCCGGCCACUCACAUCGCGCGCAAAGACACAUGCGGGACGGCACACGCUCUUUCCCCCUCGACAGCCAUGUCGACCGGGAGAACUCGCGGACGCGGUCGCGGCGGAGGUCUUGCUGCGCCGGGCACGACACCGACCGGAACCCCAACAGGACCUUCUCGAGGUCGAGGCGGUAGAUUUAACAAUGGCGCGCGACCGACGGCAAACACCACCCGAGGUGGAUUUGGGCAGGCGACGACAUUCCAAGGAGCUAAGACGACCAGAGGCAAUGCUUCUCGCCAACCUUCGCGAACACCUUCUGUUAUGAGCGGCACAUCAUCAGCUACGGCCAACAUGGAGGCGCGAUGGCAAGCACUCAGAACAGCUCGCGACCGAGAGCGCAAAGAUGCCAUUCGAAAGGGCCUCAUGUCCGACCCCGAUAAACCCAUGCGACUCAGCGAAGCGAUCACGCCAGUUGGAACAUGUCAGUCAAUGUGCGCGGAAUACGAACGAGUGCAGAGGGCCGUACAGCGCGAUGUUUGGGACGAAGAAAAGGUGGGUCGAUUCGGAUGAGGAUACGUGGGAGAUACAGACCUGAUACUUGCGAACAGCAUCCCAAUAUGAGUGCGUCUACUCCUGAUCAAGAAUCAAUGGAUGAGAGCCGGAUGGUCAAGAAGUUCAGGCGGUCGGCAGCAGGAGAUGAGGCACAAUUACCAUCGGAUCUUCGCCCUCCACCAGUGCUGAAGAAGACGUGCGACUAUCUAUUCCACACGAUACUGGGAGAGUCGCCGCUUGCAAAAGUCCAUCACUUCGUCUGGGACCGGACACGAGCCAUUCGAAACGAUUUCUCGAUACAGCAACUGAGCAAGGCCGACGAUUUGAGCAUUGCGAUCGAAUGCUUUGAGAGAAUUGCUCGGUUUCAUAUCAUGUCGCUACAUCAGCUGGCUCUCGAGGAGAAGCCGUAUGAAGCGUACAAUGCGCAACAGGAACGAGAGCAGCUGGACAAGACUCUACUUUCACUCAUGCAGUAUUACGAUGAUUGUCGUGGACGCUUCGCUCUGCCUCACGAGGCGGAAUUUCGCGCAUACUGCGUGAUCUUCCAGCUUCAAGAUGCGACGCCGGAUCUCGAAGACCGCGUGCAGCAAUGGCCGCGGGCAAUCGCCACCGACCGGCGGGUGCAACAGGCGCUGAAGUUGUAUGCUGCUGCGUGCAAUACCUGGAUCUCUCAGGGGCCUUUCACUGGAGUUCACGCUACAUCUCAUGUUGUUGCACGACAGGAUUGGGAUAAGUUCUGGCAGCUCAUCAAGUCAAGAGGAGUGUCCUAUUUAAUGGCUUGCGUGGCUGAGAUCUACUUCAACUUGGUCCGCAGGAUGGUGCUCAACGCCAUUGUUCGCACAACACGAGUCAAAACCGCAGGUCCUCCCAAUACCGAAUGGACACUUUCAGGCAUGGCCAGAAUGUUUUACUUCGAUGACGAUCAACAAUUGGAGGACUUUUGCAGCCACUUUGGUCUUCAUUUUCAGGACUUGCCGGACGGGAGUGACCGCUACUUGGAUAUCAGCUCAAUCACCAACCGCACUCUACCCCAGAAUGAUGGCCGAGGUCCGCCACAGUUAAAGUCAUAUUUGGUCGAGAGCAAGCGAGAGCGACGGACUCCCGCUGCCAUUAUCGAUGGUCUCAGCAUACGCCAAGCACAAGAACAGGGGCAAAUAGUGGAGGAAGAGGAUGAAGAGGGAGAAGAUCUGAUGGAUGGUGAAGAUGGUGACGGGAUGGAGGAUGUGGAGGAGGAGGACGAAGAAGACACUCUGUUUGUGCCGGAAGGCAAGAAAGAGAGCGAAACCACAGCUGCACCGAAGCUAUCCUUUGGUCAGCCUACCAGCACAGGAUUUUUUGGUAAACCUUCUUCGGCUACACCGUCUGCCUUUGGUCAACCAUCAACUACCGCCGCUCCUGCGCUGGGUCAAUCGCCGUCAAAUGCGUCUCCUUUUGCCAAGCCCUUGAGCGGCUUUGGUCAGCCCUCGCAAUCUACGAAUCCUUUCGCUUCGGCAGGUGGAGGUAUCGGCGAUACAGGGGGCGGCAGUCUUUUCAAGGCUACUCCGACGACUUCUGCUUUCUCUCAAGCACCGACACCUGCUGCAUCGACCGGACUGGGGCUCACGGGCGCACAAACCAAUGGAAACGGAUCAGAAGCACCCAAGCUGUCUUUUGGUGUCGGCAGCGCUGGUCAAACACCAACAACCAGCGCUCCAAGCCUCUUCGCCGCAACACCAGCGGCAACUGCACCCGCAAACAACGCCGCUCCCAGCUUGUUUGCACCCAAAGGGCCGGCUGUCACAAGCUCGACUGAGGAGAAAAGCUCAAGUACUUCCACCGCUGCACCUCUCGGCGCGAGCAACCCUUUCGCCAGCAGCGCAGCGCCUACUUUCUCCUUCCCGUCAUUCGCGCCGACGGAGCCGAAGUCACCUUCGCAGCCCGCGGAACAGCACAAGACGUCACUGCUUGGUCAACCUUUUGGUGCCACCACGGGCGCGCCAAGCCAAACUGCACAAUCUGAAGCAAAGUCUAUUGUGCCACCUCAAUCCCCGCCGACAGCUCAGGCGACAUCAAACUCGACUUCACAACCAACAACUACCGUCUCGCCGCCGAGUGGCUCUUCUUCACCGCCACGACGUCUGUCAGCGUUGGACACGAAACCCAAGCGGCCAUCACCGCUGUCGAACUCCUUCACUGCAAGCGACGAGGCAGGUGCUGACAGCAGUCACCUACAACCUUCAAGUCAACCUGCUAAGCCAUCGCUUGCUUCACAGCGCCAAUCGCAUGCAGCUACACCUGCCGCGACGCGUGCAGAUACAUCAGCAUCGGAAUUUGACGCGAUCAUCACGCGGCUUGCGAAGGAACUCGUGGAAGAUCCUACGACUGGCUACCUCAAGCAGUACGUGGAAUUCUGCGUGCGCGGAUUGAUUACUGAAGUGCAAGAGAAGGUCUAUCUUGAGCGCAUCAACCAGGAAGCCGACGACUAUCGACAAUUUUGCCUGCAGGACAAGUUCGGAAAGAGGUGGCGGGAAAUUUCGCGCAUGCGCCGUUUGAGACGAAAGCAAGCCGAGCGGAGAAAACGACAACAACGAAGACUCCAAGCGUCACAGGAUCAAGAGAUGGGUAACAGCGGCAGUGUUCUCGACACUUCUUCACUUCGCUCUAGCCGGGCUGGCUCCGUCAUUGCUCGUGACAGGCCCACCAAACAGGCAGCAGUCGACGCUAUGUUCCAGUCGACCAACGGAGGAAGUCGCUAUGCGGCAAAUGGGCAAGCACGAGCUGGCAGCAAACGCACGGCGGAGUCCGUUGAUGGCAGCUCUGUCUCGACGACUGGCCCGUUGGGUCACAAGCGCGCGAAGAGCACCAGCUACGAGGACAGCAAUGGCACCAUGGCGAGGUCGACAACCGCCGGGAGCCCUGAAGCGGACAUUUUGAAGCGUUCAUCUUUCCUCGGAUUCUCACUCGCUAGCGACGCGACUCAUCGCACAAGCACCACCAAAUCGACAUACUUCCGCAUGAAAGCGAUGGGCUUGAAGCCGAAUCGUAGUGCUCGAAGUGGUGCAGAGCGCGGGACCAAGAGGUCUCGGUCGGACUCCUUGGAUGCAGCUUCUCCAAGACUGAGUGCUUCCUCACUGGCACGCUUGGACGCUCACCAGGACCAAGAUCGCGCUCUGAUGCCACCCCCAUCAACUAGAUCUGUCCGCUCCAAGACUGAUGAGGAUGACGAGGCCCUUUUCGCUCGACUCCGCGCGGCUAGAGAGGCAUUGAAGGAGAGCGAAACUUUCAUGAAAUCCGAAGUGGCUAAGGACGAGGACCUCCGUCGGAGUCGAAGUGCUUCGCAUUCUGACAGCGAGUCUCCGUCUCUGCAACGUGCACGCGCAGAAGCUCGACUGCGGUCAUCAGGAAACUCUGAUCUCGGGAGAUCAGUUAACGAUCGCGACGUUCCUGCUUACCGGCUCCGCGAAAGCAAGUUUGUGCCACGCGAGCAGUACUCGAAAGCUAUCGAACGAGCGAACGAGAUCCGAGCUUCAAGGUCUGCGCAGAACAGUCGACCGUCUUCACGUACUGAAGAUCGCGAGGCUGAUUCAACUUUCAAGACGGCAGGUACUGGAUUCGGUGCAGAUUCCACCACUCAGCACACCUCAUUCGGUCUUGGAAAUGGCAAUGGUGGCACUAUCGCUCCGCCAACACAAGCCGCACCAGCUGUGCAGCCGGCAUCAGUGUCAAGCCCGUUCGCCGUCUCUUCAGCCUUCGGUCAAGCUAGCCAGUCUGCGAAACCAUUGAACCCGUUCUCACAGUCUUCAUCCUUCGCAACGGCCAGCAAUCAUGUCAAUCCUUUCUUGCAGAGUACGAAGUCGGGACCGAAUGGAACUGCAAACACCGGGCCCAGCGUCCAAGACACGCCAUCCACGGUUCAACCCACUGGCUUUCCUGGCUUUGACGAUCAAAUUCUCGACCAACCCGUCACCGGCCAGAGCAGCAGUCAUUUCACGCAACAGCCCUCGUGGAGCUUUACUACCGCGCCCGAGGAGCCCGAGCAGAGCCAAGACCAUACAAUUCCGCCAUCUCAGAUCCCUCAGGCCUUGUCAGCGAGCUUUGGGCACCAGGACGUCGCUCGCCAAAGUCCAUUCGCGCCCACUUCGAAGGGAAGUCCUACUCCACCUACCAACUCCUACAUGCCCUCCCAGGCUGCUUCGGAGGCCAUAUCACUGCUGUCUGACGACGACGAGGACGAGGUCGCGCAAGAAGAUCAAGGUGCACAGGAUGUGGCAUUCGGCCAAGCGCAGUUCUUCAAUCAAGUCAAUGCCGCUGCAGGUCUGGAGGGCUUCGUCGAUGAUGUGCCAGCUCAGAGUGACUACAGCAACAAGUUCGCAGCUCUCGCUGAUUACGAUGAUGGCGAUGCUGGAGAUGACUCUCCUGGUCACAGUGAGGACGACCUUGGAGAUAUCGACGACGAAGAGCAGCUACCUGGCAGCUACCACCAUGGCCCACCCCUCACUGAAGAAGAUCUCGAAGAUGAAGAUGACGAGGACAUCGAAGAGGACGCAUCUGAUCAGCCCAACGGCCAAUACAUGGGCGAGUACUCUGAAGAUGAAGACGGAUCUGGCGAUGGCGAUGUGGAAGAUGAGGGCGACUUUGACGAAGACGGCGAGGAGUAUGAUGAAGAUGAGGAAAGCGAGGGCGAUCCAGGCGUGUAUGCGAACGGCUAUCAACACCAACACGGCCGUCAGGUCUACGCUGCUCCGCCUAAGAGGCAAGUCAAUGAGGCCUUGCAGCAGGUUGGGAAUGAUGAGAAUGAGCCUAUUGAGCUUAGUGACUGAGUUGCUGGCUGGCUGUGUGUGUGUACAGUAGAUUUGUAUGAAUGGGAGUGCGUCGAGAUUCGCUAGAUGCGCGAAUAGAAUGAAGAAAUCGCCAAGAG